AUGGGCUACACCACGCCGCUCACCGAAGAGGCACCCUCGAACGCAGAGAAGGAUCGAGGUGUUUCUGUGUUCGGGGCAACUUGUGUGUUGCCUCUGGAGGCCUCCAGGGACCUCCAGCACCAUGCUUGGAGGGCUCCUCGGCAAGGCGUUCCCAGAACCCACCAUGUUUGGAGAGCUCCUCGGCAAGGCGUUCCCAGAACUAUCUGCAGGUCUUCGGAGGAGGAGGAGGAGGCUCCCGCGUGCUGCCCCACGCGAGGCCCUCCAGAAAUGCUUUUUGAUCCAGAGAGCUGCUGCGCCCCGCGUUGA